AUGGCAAACGCAACGGCCGUAACUGAAGCUAACACCACUCUACUGCCUCCAUGGCCAGACGAACUGCAGUCUCAAGUCUAUAUACUUCUCACAACAAUUUUCUUCUCUUUAAUUAUCUUAGUUGGUUUGUUUACCAACAGCUUGGUCUUAGUUACUCUGACUCGCUGGCCGGUGGAAAUGCGAAUUCCCUGUAAUAUUCUGAUUGGUAAUAUCUGCGCAGCGGACUUAGGAGUGUGCGUAUUUGCAGCACCUCUAAGGAUCAUUGAAGUUUACUUCGGCUGGAUCUUCGGUCAAGCAAUGUGCUUCAUUUUCACUCCACUUCAAGAUGUCUUCGUUGUUGUCUCUGUCGCUGCACAGACCAUAAUAGCCUUGGAGAGGCAUCGUGCCAUUGUCACACCGUUUAAACCCAAGAUGACACUGAAGAGAGUUAAGAAGUUUGUACUUGUCAUAUGGAUUGCUAGUUAUCUCACAGCUGGGCUACCGAUGAUGAUAUUUCUUAAGAAUGAAUUGUACGAGGACCGUUACUACUGUUUUCCAGUUUUCACCAAGGAUCAAUAUCGAAUUGCAUACCAGAUUUACAUCGUGGUGUUGUUUAUAGUACUACCUCUUGUUAUUCAAUGCAUAGCGUACUUCAAUAUCAUCCGUGUACUCAGAGCCAAAGAAGUGUUUCAUCGAAGGGGUUCUUCAGUAGAAUUCUUCAAAAAACGCAUACGCCAAAAGCGCCGACUUGUCAGAAUGUCAUUAGCUCUUAUGCUGGCUUUUCAAGUGUGUUACCUGCCCAGGGGAGUGGUAAUGUUGAUUCAAGAAUUCAAACCUGAAACAGCUGUCAAGCUUGAGUUUCUCUACAUAGAGAUGAUCACACUGGCGAUGUAUUAUCUCAAACAUGUCAUUAACCCGUUUAUACUGUGGGCUAUGAGCAAUGAUUUUCGCGCUGGUUGUUUGAAACUGUGCCAAAGCUAA